CAUCAAGAAGAUUGAAAACUAUGCAAAGGCCAUCAAUAUGCUAUAUUGCGCGGUCAACCCCGAUGACUACUGAAAGAUCUCCUGUUGCACAACCGCCAAGGAGAUGUGGGACAAGCUUGAAGUGACGUACGAAGGUACCGAUCAAGUUCGCGAAGCCAAGAUCGAUUUUCUCACCCAAGAGUACAAAAUGUUCCGGAUGAAAGAAGGUGAGAAAAUUGAUGACAUGUUCGACCGUUUUUCAAAGAUCAUCAACGACCUUCAUGCUCUCAAAAAGACUUACACCAAAUGGAGGUCAAAAGCCGAUGCAAUCUAUGAAUCCAUUGGAGUCUCCAACGUCACCAUCGACGGGCUAAGAGGUAACCUUAAAACCUAUGAAUCUUUUAUUCUAACCCCGUCUUUGGAUGAACAAAAGAAAAAGGGGAUAGCUCUCAAAGCCACCAAGGAACCGGUGGAAGAGGCUUCAAGCGAUGACGACAAUGAAUUUGGGCUCGUCAUCAAGAAGUUCCACAAGUUCAUGAAGAAGGAAUUUGAGCGGAAGGGAAGGAAGCACGAUGGUCCUCCCAAGUGCUACGGCUGUGGCGAGAUUGGACACAUCAAGCCAAGGUGUCCAAAGGCCAAACACGGCAAGGAUAAGCCUGGCUUCAAGAAGCAAAGGGCCUACAUCUCUUGGGGUGGCGAUUCCGGCGACGAAUCAACUGACCAAGAGGAGGACGAAGCUGCAAAUCUCUGCCUCAUGGCGCACGAAGAUCAAAGCGACGACGUCCAAGAGUGCUGUGUGCUUCACGAAGCAGGCGUUCUCUCACCUCCCCCGCUGGCACAACCAUACGCUCCCGAUAGUACAAGAUACCAUCUCGAACUGCAAAAUCCGGCUUCUCUCCUCGGGAGACGAGCCCAACGGUCUCGAUACAGAAAUCAUCACUGCUCUGGGCUGAAGCUAUCUGCUGCUGUAAUGAAGCCUGGCCACUGGAAGUCAGCGUGCCCGUACCCAAAAGUGGAGAAGUACGGAGAAAGAGAAAGGAUCGAGAAGAAAAAGAAGGCAAUGGUUGCUGCUGAAAGUGACGAGUCAUCCAGCUCAAGCUCGGAUGAAGAAGCUCUCAUCUGCAUAGAGCGCAGAAUUGAAAAGUCCAACCAUGAGGAUAGGUGGACUAUGUCAGAAGAUGACACUCUCUGCCUAAUGGCCAAAGAUGAUGCUGAUCAAGAGUUCAAAAAGAUGAUGAAAGACUUUGAGGAGAUAAAUCUCAAACAUUCUUCCUUAACAGAGGAGAACAAACUAUUGAGUGAAGAGAAUCUCAAGUUGACUGAAGACAGUGGCUGUUCAAGACACAUGACGGGUGAUGCGAGCCUUUUGAGCAAUCUAAUUCCCUAUGAUGGUCCAAGAGUUACUUUUGGAGGAAGCAAUGAUUUUGGCCUUACCAAAGGGCUAGGAAAUCUGGUGUACAAGAGACUAACUAUCCAAGCUGUAUCUUAUGUUGAAGGUCUCAAUUACAACCUUCUUAGCAUAAGUCAGUUUUGUGAUAAAGGUUACUCCUUGGAAUUCUGCAAGGACACGGCAUCUCUCAAGAACAUCUCCACAAAUGAAGUCAUUCUCACUGGGAAGAGAAUCAGAAACAUCUAUGAAGUUGUCGGAGCAAAUGUCCACUUCCAGAAGUUAGAAGCCAAGUGCUCCUCACCAACAUUCUUCCAAAGCUAUCUGCAAAUGAUAGCCGCUCAAGAACUCUCCGAAUUUCUUCAAAUGGAGAUUCGCCUCAAAUUCGAGGAAGAAGUUCUCGAAUUCUACAAAAAUGGAGAAAUCAAAACUGCCCAUUCAAAGAAGGACCCACAGAGGACGUUUCCAGUCAUCAAGUCCACUGUUGGAGGUACAAAAGUAAAGCUUUCGCAGAAGAAAUUGGGAGAAAAGCUUCGCCUUCCCAAUUCUGGAGUUGAAGUUGGGAAAUUUCCAGUCAAAAAUCUGGACUGGAACAUCAUUGGAAUUUCUGGGCGAACUCUUUCUGGCCCUGCGAAGAAAGGAGAUCUAAACAACGAUUAUAAGUUGGUUUUGGAACUGGUUAUCGCUUGCCUCGAGUGUGGAAGUGGAGGUCAUGCCGAUGACAUCACCCAGGAGAGAGCCUUCAUUAUCAACUCUCUCAUUACCAAAACUAAGGUAAACUGGGCUGCAAACUUUUUCAAUUGCAUCUCAAAGCACUUGGGAAAGCCCAACCAGAAAUAUCUCUGUCAAGGACUAUGCCUUGGACAUAUUUUGGGAUCUAUGGGGAUUGCUUCUAAAGGAAAGAAGUAUGAAGAAAGAUACUGGCUAUAUUAUCUGUCUACAAAAGGGGAAAACAGAGCUGGCACUAGUGCCACUGCAGAAGAAAGCUCUUCAGAUAACAUCCCACUCAUCCAUAUGACGAAGACUACCAAAAGGAAGAAAGUGGUGUCUCCCUCUAUUGAAGCACCACAGAAUCUUGCUCCAAUAAAACUUGAAGAAGAGGAAGAAUCCUCUGACCAAGGAGAACUUCAAAGGAAGAAGAAGAGGAAGAUCAACUCCCCCUCAACAUCUGGAAAUGUCAAUCCGGAUGAGUUGAAGGAAAAGGAACCUGCUGAGGAAACAUCUGCUCAUAACCAGAGCCCUCAACAAUUUGAAGAAGAAAUUCCUCAAGUCCAAAGCCUUCCAACCUCAUCUCAGCAUCAAACAGAUGAUGCAGAUAACCAAUUCUGGCAGCUAUACUAUGAUUGGAAAGCCUGGAAAGUUGGAAAUUCAGCAGAGCAACUGUUGAAUUGGGACCAACAGCUGAAGAAUGAGAAAAUCAUCAAGAAGUUCUUAGGAAUACUAGUCAACCACAACUGUGAACAGAUUUUGGAUGACUACUGGGUAUGGCAAAGAAACCCUGAAGACUUGCAUCUGGAAUACCUGGCCAAUACACCAGUUUCAGACUGUGAAACAAAUGAUGAAGACACUGCAGUCUUCAAGCCAGUCUUCUCAAAAGCUACAGAAGAUCAAGUGGCUCUCACUUCUGAAGCAACAGCUGAGGAUUUCCAAACAUUUCCGGAAACCUCACCUGCAUUUCAGGAAACUUCACAUGCUUCUGAAAUGGUUCUGACUGAAGUUGUUCAAGAAAAGGCAACCCCUCCCUCCCAAGAACAGAACCAGGAAACAGCAGAUGAAGAAGAAUUUCAGCCACUAAUCCAAUCUCAAGUUUUGGAGAUUCUCACCACUCCUUGUGAGAUCUCCAAUCCUACUGAAAUUGAGAUCCCGGAAAAGUCAGCUGAAAUUCCGGAACAGUCAGCUCUUCCAGAAACAAUGGAGCAAGCUGUUGAAGCACAAAGGAAUUCUGGAGAAGCUGCAAAAAAACCUCAAAUGGCAGAACUAGAGGUCUUUGAAACUCAAGUAGCCAUUUUUGAAGAAGAGAAUAGAGCUGAAGAAAGGGACUCCCUCUCUAGGGAUAUAUCAAAUUUUGUGCUUGAAACAGAAGGAGAAUCUGAAAGAACACUGAAGGUUACUGAUGAAGAAGAUGUCCAAGAAGAUGCUGAAUCUCUUCCUAUGCAACUCUUCCAAAGAACACCAUCAUCUCAUCAGGUAACCAACUUUCAUUUCCAUAGCUCUUCCACCCCUGCUCUUCCGAAUGAGAUACCGGAAAUCUGGACAAAUAAGGUCCAAGGGUUGAUUGAAUCAGCCCUAGCAUCUCAACAUGCCUCCUUUAGGCAAGAGAUAGAACAAAUGGAAGUCAGGGACACCCAGCUAAUAGAGAAAUCUGAAGGAAAACAUAGCGCAGAUCUCAAAGAAAUAAGCAAAUCAGUGCAGAAGACUCUGGAGAUUAUCUCUCUAUUGAGUGAAACUGUAAGCAACACGAUGGAAAUUUAUGCCUCUGACAGUCAGCUUCAUCUCAAAGAGAUCAACAAAGUCAAAGAGCAAAUAGCGAGUGUCACAAUUAGUCUCCAAAAACAGAUGUCCCUUCUCCAAAUGGACAUCAGAUCAGCCCUAGCAGUAGCUUCUGCAAAUCAGCAAAGAAAUCCGGAAAACUCAGCACAACUUCUAUCCAGCUCAGGACUGGAUGGAACAGAAGUUAUAGGUACAGUUGUUGACCAAUUCUCAAAUGAUGCUCAAUCAGAAGAAAGACGUGAAAAUUUAAGACGCAUUAAAGAACUGUGUGGGAACAUGAAGGGCAUCAGUGAAGUUGCCGGAUCUUCAAAGCGCAAGAGAAACUGAAGGUUCUUUACAUCAAAAUAGGGGGAAA